GCCGCUCGUUCUCAUUCCUUUGUUCACGGAUUACAGGAUUGGCACAGUUACCGUGGCUGCUUCUUUCAGCUUCGAAAUAACGGCUUGCCUGCGAUUCAGGUUUAUAACCCCGACGUCGACGACUUCACGGACAUCGAAAAGGGUGACGAAAUAAGCAACAAAUCGAAGAUAAAGGUGGGACGCAGGCUUCUCGCUCACACCAGUGUGCUGAAGGACGUGACCAAUAUUACUGUCCCAAUGGGCCGUUGCUCUCCGCUUGCAUGCCAUGUGGCGUCGGAUGAUGACGAAACGAACGCUUUACCAGAACCGUCGAUUUCGAAAGAGGAUGUACCUGUUGUGACAAGUGUGACCACUUGAAGUUUAAACUCCCGACCUUUGGCCCUUGGGAAGCAGUGCUCAAUCGGAAGGCACCAAUGGGCGGCGACGUUCGUCGUGCCAUCGUGGAUAUCCUCUUUCAAGAAUGCAUGACAUUGGCGUUGGGGGGGAAACUUUCGUUUCAUUUUGUUGGUCACUGUUGCUGUUGCUGUUUCAGGUACCCUUCACACCGUCUGUAUCGGCGUUCUGCAGAGCUGCUUGCAGAGUUUCCGCACCUGAGAGAUAACUUCAGCGUGAAUGGGAAGAUGGGCGGACAUUACUCUUGGGUGGAGGCACUGAAGUGCAAAUUUAAAAACAUGAGGAAGAAAUUGGAUGACAACCCUGCAGUGCUGGCGAUGCGUGACAAACAUGCCAAAAAGCGAGUGAAACCACCCGAGGAAGCAUGCCCCAAUGCAACGAAACGGGUCUCCCGUCUUCAUGGUCAUGAGCAUUUGAUCGUCCUUGGAGAAACAGAGCAGUCAUUGGAGAACCAUAGGCAGGGGCUCAUUUGCCAUUCAGAGGAAGAGGAAAGCCAAGUCACAAAGGAGAGGUUUCUUCUUACAGCAAAGGAGCGGCAUGAAAAAAUGAUGACUGUGACCCUGGCAGCUGACCAUGUGUGUCAGUGCUCAUUUGCUAUAGCUGCUUCUGGAAUUCAGCCUUCUGUGGAAGGUGGACCUUGCAACAGCAUUCGAGAACGGGUUCCUGAGCCUGACAAACAUAAUCUUGCAGCAUGGAGAGGCAAGUGAGGUCGUUACACUGUCUGCAAGCUCUACUGGACGUUCCAACACUGACGCCUUGCGUCGUUAUGGAAAACGAGGUGGUGAAGGUCUUCGUGGACAACCAAGAGCUAUUUGUAGCGUCCUCACUUCUCAGUGGUGUGUGCUGUCUAUUUGCAGCAUUUCGGGUGUUCCACAUAGAGUACCCAUUGGGAUCCCACAAGAUGCUCACAUUUCUCGAGCACGCCUUCGCAGGGCUGAGUGAAACAAAGCCCAGAGUAAAAGCAAUGGAGUUCCUGAAAUUCUACAUCCUGCACGGUGGACGAGACUAUCAACCCAACGAGAAAUAACUUCAGUUCCUGGCCCUUAGAAAUGUUUGCA